CGACUUGGGCCCUGCCCUCUGGAGCGCUGGUCCGCCCGCCGCCUAGGGAGAGCUAGGUUCGUACCGGGCCCGCAGGUCUCGGAGCCGCGGACGUGGGCUACGGAGGUCCGGUAUGGCUUCGCCGCGGGACGGCGGUGUGGUGAUUUUGGGCAGUGGCCUCAUUGGACAAAGCUGGGCUAUGUUGUUUGCCAGUGGAGGCUUCAAGGUGAAACUCUAUGAUAUUGAGCAACAGCAGAUAACAAAAGCCCUGGAAAACAUCAGGAAGGAGAUAGAGUUGCUGGAGCAGUUGGGCGCCCUGAGAGGUUCUCUGGGCGGCCGAGAGCAGCUGUCUCUCAUAAGCGGCUGCUCUGACAUGCAGAAAGCAGUAGAGGGCGCCAUGCACAUUCAGGAAUGUGUCCCAGAAAACCUGGAACUAAAGAAGAAGGUUUUUGCUCAGUUGGAUCGCAUUGUAGAUGAUAAAGUUGUCAUAAGCAGCUCAAGCUCUUGCCUCUUGCCUUCCAAGUUGUUUGCUGGUUUGACACACGUAAAGCAGUGCAUGGUGGCUCAUCCUGUAAAUCCACCAUAUUACAUCCCAUUGGUUGAGCUGGUUCCACACCCAGAAACAGACCCUUCCACCGUGGACAGAACACACAUCCUGAUGAAGAAGAUAGGGCAGUCUCCGAUUAGAAUCCGGAAGGAGGUCGACGGCUUUGCCCUGAACCGGCUCCAGUAUGCGAUCAUCAGCGAGGCCUGGAGGCUUGUAGACGAGGGAAUAGUGUCUCCCAGUGACCUGGACCUUGUCAUGUCAGAUGGACUGGGGAUGCGGUAUGCAUUCAUUGGGCCCCUGGAGACGAUGCAUCUCAAUGCAGAAGGCAUGUUGAGCUACUGUGACAGAUACAGUGAAAACAUCAGACAUGUCCUGAAGACUUUUGGACCCAUCCCAGAGUUUUCUGGCACAACAGUUCAAAAAAUUAAUCAGGCCAUGUGUGAGAAGGUUCCUGAUGACCCUGAGCACUUGGCUGCCAGAAGGAAGUGGCGGGAUGAAUGCCUCUUGAGACUCUCCAAACUGAAACAUGAGAUGCCAUCCAAGUGAAGUUCCUGGAAUGCUCUUAUCACUCCUUCCAGUGAAAGUCCUAGCUGAGGAAUUAUAAGCUCUUAAUCAAAUCUCUCUAAAGCAAUGAGAAGCCAUGGCUGUGCUUAGCGUGAAGAUUCUGCUCUUAAUUUCUUUUGUUUAGCUGGCUUAUAUGAUAAAGGCUGAUGGUUGUCCAGUUACAUUGGAUCAUGGACCUGGACUAGAUGUGAGAUGUGCAUUCACAGUAGCACUGGGGCUCUGGGACUGCUGAUAUUCUGCCAGCCCACAAGGGAGAAAGCAGACACUCUGAAGAUUUUCACCCCUAGGACAACAUUUUAUAUCUAAUUAUUGUAGCUUCAUUUUAUUUUAAUCUAUAUAGCAAAGUAUUCUUAUCAUUAUUUUACAGUCCUUCCUGAGUACUCUGUGACCCUGCAUUUAUGAAGCAACUAUCUUCAUUUUGCUAAUGCUUGUUCUGAAUAAAAGUUUUUGAUUCCAUAAA